CCUGUUGUCCCUAAUCCCAGUCUCCACCCGGCUCCCGCCUUCUUGGUGCUUGCUGCAGAGACUGCCUUCCCUGGGGAGGGGCCCAGCUGCCCCAGGUACCCCCUCCACCUCCACCUUGCCCCAGCUUUCCUUGAACUGAUGGCCCUGAGAUGUGAGGCUCUUCAGCAAUAAAGGGGACAAUACUCAACAGCAUUCUUUUGAAAGGAAGAAACAAAAACCAUCAUUGAAGGUGGGACCAUAGGAUUAGCUCUGAAACAGAAAAUGUCUGCGGAUGGUGGAGGCGUCCCUGUUGCUGAGAACAAGGAGAGAGCCCAGGAGUCUGUUUCUCCGUAUACAUCUGGCAUUAGUGCUACCGACUUCAUGCCACUGAAGUUCAGACAAUUGUUACCCCUGUUCAGUGUCCCUUCCAAGAUGGCUUGUUACAUGUCCCUUGAGCACCUGACAAGCUUGAACAUCCACAUUUCUGCUGAUGUCAGAUCCUGUCGUGCAUGCACAGAUUUCAGGUCAGGGCCGUCCCUGUCAAGACAUGCUGUCUGGGCUGGAGAAGAUAGUGCCUUUGGGAGCUGCUCACGCAUCACAGCAUAUCAAGAUGGAGCCGGAAGAGCCAGAACCUGAGGGGGCUUCACAGGAGGACAGGGCUCCAGGUGGAUGUGGUCGGCUGUCCAUACGUCCUGGCUCUAAAGAGAAAGCUCUCCUGCCUGGUGGAGAUCCCUCUCCUCCCACAGUCCUUUCUUCACCCCGGAUCCCUGUGCUUUCCCUUGAGGGGAGGACCAGAGACCAGCAGAUGGCUGCAGCUCUCCUCACAGCCUGGUCCCAGAUGCCUGUGACCUUUGAGGAUGUGGCUCUGUACCUCUCCCGGGAGGAGUGGGGACGGCUGGACCAUACACAACAAAACUUCUACAGGGAUGUGCUGCAGAAGAAAAAUGGGCUGGCCUUGGGGUUUCCCUUCAGCAGGCCUUUCUGGGCCCCGCAAGUGCCUGGGAAGGUUGAGACCUCGAGCUCCAGCAGACAGACAGGAGCUGAGGAGGAGAGUGACGCUGGCUCAGGAGCUGUGGAGGUGGGGAAGGAAGCUCUAGCAAAGUCUGUGGCAGCCCUUGGGCAUGUGAAGCCCUUCUUUUCCAGGGCAGGGUGGGUUUCAGGGCAGGGCCCCCAGUGGAGGCAGCAAGUCACCAGUGACCAGAAUGCGGGGUCCGCCAGAGACACUGGGCAGCCGGCUCCCGGGGAAGCAAGGUGGCCCGCCCUCACCCUGCCCAAUACCCACCCCACAAAGACCCUGGAGGGCUGCAUCCCAGAGAACCCCAGUGAAGAGGGGAAGGGCGCCCCUGAGAGCGGUGAGGAGGGUCUGGCCCCUGAUGGCGAGGUGGGAAAGAAGAGCUAUAAAUGCGAGCAGUGUGGCAAGGGCUUCAGCUGGCAGUCACAUCUGGUCACACACCGGCGCACACACACCGGAGAGAAGCCCUACGCCUGCACGGACUGCGGCAAGCGAUUCAGCCGAAGCUCGCACCUCAUCCAGCACCAGAUCAUACACACAGGCGAGAAGCCCUACACCUGCCCCUCUUGCUGGAAGAGCUUCAGCCACCACUCCACGCUGAUCCAGCACCAGCGCAUCCACACCGGCGAGAAGCCGUACGUGUGCGACCGCUGCGCCAAGCGCUUCACCCGCCGCUCGGACCUGGUCACGCACCAGGGCACACACACAGGCGCCAAGCCGCACAAGUGCCCCAUCUGCGGCAAGUGCUUCUCGCAGAGCUCAGCCUUGGUCACGCACCAGCGCACGCACACGGGCCUGAAGCCCUACCCGUGCCCCGAGUGCGGCAAGUGCUUCAGCCAGCGCUCCAACCUCAUAGCGCACAACCGCACGCACACAGGCGAGAAGCCCUACCACUGCCUCGACUGUGGCAAGAGCUUCGGCCACAGCUCGCACCUCACCGCCCACCAGCGCACUCACCGUGGUGUGCGGCCCUAUGCCUGCCCUCUGUGCGGCAAGAGCUUCAGCCGCCGCUCCAACUUACACCGCCAUGAGAAGAUACACAGCAGCGGGCCCAAGGCGCUGGCUGUGCUCAUGUUGGGGGCAGCAGCCGCGGGGACUCUGGCCGCACCUCCACCUGCCCCCACCUAAAUUGGCGGAGAAGGAGGGGUAGCGGGGCAUCCGGGACAGCUAGGACAGGCCCACUGAAAUUAGGGCCUUGGCCUUGGCCUUAGCCUUGGCAUGGGAAGCAGAGGGGCAAGGGAUGAGCUCUGGGGAGGUGCAGGCAUGGGGUUGGGAAUGGCAUCGCGGGAGGUGAGACGGUGCAGCGGGCCUCUAGCCAAAAAUUAAAGGCCUUAAAAUGCAA